AUGGCUGAUAUACCAUUGGCGUCCUUGUCUUUGACUCACGUCCACUACGACCCCAGUGAUCCAAUUUCCUUUCUUUCUGCCUGGCUUGCCUUAGUGCCACAAGCGCUAUGCGUGAGCUAUGCUACCCUGAUCGUUGCUUCAAGGGAAGCUGAGGUAGUCUUGAUGUUUGCGGGUCAGAUGGGUUGCGAGGCACUGAAUUUCGUGCUCAAGCGGAUUGUCAAAGAGGAAAGGCCAAAACAAAUGUUAGGUAAAGGCUAUGGCAUGCCCUCUUCUCAUGCCCAGUUCAUGGCCUAUCUCGCCGUCUAUGCAUCACUCUUCCUCAUUUACCGACACAGCCCGAGCUUAUCGCAGUCAGGAGCGGCUCUUCACUUCUGGAUGCGAGUGUUGAUCUCCUUGGUAUUGUGUCUCGGUGCUGGUGCAGUAGCAGUUAGCCGCAUUUACCUGAACUACCACACCCCCAGGCAGGUCCUGGCUGGAUGUGGCGCAGGUGUGAUAUGCGCAUUCGCUUGGUUCUUUAUCACCGGGCUUCUUCGAUCGCAAGGAUGGAUUGAUUGGGCCUUGAAUCUCGAGAUUUUUCGAUUCUUUCGUGUGAGAGACUUGGUGGUGAACGAAGAUCUCGCCGAGGCCGGAUGGCAACGCUGGGAGGCUAAGCGGAAGUUGAAGCGGAAGGGGCCCAGUGGUCAGACAUCAUCCAAAAGCGAAUAG